AAAAAAAAAGUUUGGACCUUUGCAACACUUUAUCCAAUUCAAGAUACCUGCUCUUUGAUUGGCUGCUGCAUCUGCUGAACCACACCAUGAAGAGGAGUCCCCGCUCGGCGUGUAUAGCUGCUCAGCAGCAUCAUCUGAGUAAAGCUGGGUCUUCUAAUAGCUUUGAGGCCCUCGGAUGCCACGAGCAGCUGGAUCCGAAGCACAACCAGGACUCUGAGGACCCCAGAGAAUACUGUUACGGUGGGUACCACCCUGUCCAGAUAGGAGACAUCCUCAACAGAAGAUACCAGGUGGUUUCUAAACUCGGCUGGGGCUAUUUCUCCACCGUCUGGCUGUGUCAGGACCUCCGGCUAGGUCUCCGUGUUGCUGUGAAGGUGCUGAAGAGUGGAGCUGGCUUCACCCAGGCGGGACAAGAUGAACUUGCUCUCCUACGAUGUGCUGGUGGACCUACGAGCCGCCAUCCCUCCAGUCAGAGGAUUGUCCAGCUGCUCGAUGAGUUCAAGCUGGCCGGGGUCAACGGGAUCCACAUGUGCCUGGUGCUGGAGCUGCUGGGGCCAGACCUGAGGAGCUGGCAGCUCUGUUUCGGGAAUCCAGGACUGACGGGGCCUUCGGUCAAACAGGUGCUUUCUCAGGUUCUGGAGGGCCUGGACUACCUUCACACUCAGUGUAAAAUCAUCCACACGGACAUCAAGCCUGAAAACAUCCUGCUGUGCCUGGAGCAGCAGUCGCGCAAAGUCCCAGCAGGGGGCAGCAGCUCUUCCUCUGUACUGGCUGGAAAAGAGACCACAGAGAAGGAGCAGGUGAACCCAUACAGUUUAAAGGAAAUUAGAGUUAAGAUUGCAGACCUGGGCAGCUCCUGCUGGGUGUAUAAACAUUUCUGUGAGGAGAUCCAGACCCGUCAGUAUCGCUCACUAGAGGUUUUACUGGGAUCCGAGUACGGCCCACCUGCUGACAUCUGGAGUGUUGCCUGCUUGGCCUUUGAGUUGGUCACUGGAGACUCCUUGUUCGAGCCCAGAGUCAGUGAGUCCAUCUCCCUGGAGGAAGACCAUAUAGCCCAGAUCACGGAGCUGCUUGGCAAAAUCCCACCAGCUGUUGCCUUGUCAGGAAAAUACUCUGCAGAGUACUUCAACCGCAGAGGUGACUUGCGUCGUGUCGGUCCACUGAGGCUCUGGAGCCUGUAUGACGUUAUGCUGGAGAAAUACCAUUUGCUGUUGGAGGAAGCUUCUGGAUUCUCAGACUUUCUUCUUCGUAUGUUGGAUUAUCAUCCCGAGAGGAGAGCCACCGCUGCACAGUGCCUCCGCCACCCUUGGCUGACCUCCUGUUAGCCUCCUAAAGGCCCUGAAGUGCUCAUCCCCAUCUGCCUGUCCUCAAAGCCAGAUGUUUUCAGACGCUUAACCUGGCAUAUUUCAAAAUGUACCAGGCACAGACUCAAUCUGUGCAACAUUAAAAAGGCAUUUUUGAUUUUUUCUUUUUUUAUACUAGAGGAAUACAGAGAGCUUUUUAGAAGACAGUUUGUGUUUCACUCACUUUGAUUUGUGAAUUCCUGUGGAAUGUGCUGUGGUCCUGAUGGAUGACAAUGGAUCCUCAUCUUGUGCUUUACGCUGCUAUGGUGAUUUCUACAUGGAUAUUUUCUAGUGUAGCGACUGUAAGCCUUUGACCGUGACACCUUUGAGCCCUGUUGAUAGCAGCUCUUUCAGGGGAAAGAUGAUUUUGUUCUGGCUUGACACUGCUAGCCAGUGGGAGAGUCGUCAAUAUGAUGCCAACUUUACGUGCAGUGUUAUUCAGCGAGAUUGAAUGUUUGCUGUUGAAUCAGAGAAUGAUAAUAAAUG